AUGGAGGGGGUCCCGGUGCUGACGAGGGCUAACGCGGCCGCCGCCAAGGCGGAGGCAGCCGCAGCCAUGCCGUCCUCACGGCCCACCUCCCCUCCCGCCCUCACCCCGGCGCCCGCCGCGGGCGAAGAGGGUCCGCCGCCUCUGGCCGAGGCGGGGGCUCCGGGCUGCUCGAGCUCCCGGCCCCCGGAGCUGAAGCCGGAGCGCAGCCUGGGCCGCUUCGUGGACGAGGACGAGGAGCUGGAAGAGGAUGAGGAGCUGGAGGAGGAAGAGGAGGAGGAAGAGGAGGAGAUGAGCCACUUCUCGCUGAGGCUGGAGGGGUGCCGGCCGGAAUCCGAGGACGAGGAAGAGCGCCUGAUUAAUCUCUCUGAGUUGACCCCAUACAUCUUGUGUUCCAUUUGCAAAGGUUACUUAAUAGAUGCAACUACCAUUACAGAAUGUCUUCAUACAUUUUGUAAAAGCUGCAUUGUAAGACAUUUUUACUAUAGCAACAGAUGUCCAAAAUGCAACAUAGUAGUACAUCAGACACAACCUCUUUAUAACAUAAGGUUGGACCGGCAGUUACAAGACAUAGUGUACAAAUUAGUGAUCGAUCUAGAGGAAAGAGAAAAAAAGCAAAUGCAUGAUUUCUAUAAAGAAAGAGGUCUAGAAGUACCUAAACCUGCUGUUCCACAGCCAGUCCCGUCAAGCAAAGGAAGAUCUAAAAAAGCCUUAGAAUCAGUGUUUCGGAUUCCACCUGAACUUGAUAUGUCUUUGUUACUAGAAUUCAUUGGUGCUAAUGAAGGCACAGGACAUUUUAAGCCAUUGGAGAAGAAGUUUGUCCGAGUUUCAGGAGAAGCAACUAUUGGGCACGUAGAAAAAUUCCUCAGACGAAAAAUGGAUCUUGAUCCAGCUUGUCAGGUAGAUAUCAUUUGUGGCGAUCACUUGUUGGAGCGAUAUCAAACUCUAAGGGAAAUUCGACGUGCAAUAGGUGAUGCAGCAAUGCAGGAUGGUCUUCUUGUCCUUCAUUACGGUCUUGUGGUUUCUCCUCUGAAAAUUUCUUGA